GGUGGCGGAAACAGGAAAGGGAAGAGUAAGAAAUGGCGCCAGAUGCUGCAGUUCCCCCACAUCAGCCUCUGCGAGGACCUUCGACAAACCCUUGAGCGGGACUACCACAGCCUUUGUGAGAAGCAGCCCAUUGGGCACGUGCUUUUUCGGCAGUUCUGCGAGACACGGCCUGAGCUGUUGCGCUGCGUCAAGUUCCUGGAUGCCGUGGCAGGGUACGAAGUGGCUCCAGAUGAGAAGCGGAAGGAAUGUGGGCAGCACCUGAUUGAAAAGUACUUGAAGCCAAACAGUGAGGACCAUGUGCCUGAAGUUCCCUCACAGCUGGUGGAUGCCUGUUGUGAGAGGCUGGAGCAGGAACCUUCCAAGGAGCUCUUCAAGGAAUCCACUAAGCUUAUCCACGACUACCUGAGUGUGGCUCCCUUUGCUGACUACCUCGACAGCUUGUAUUUCAGUCGCUUCCUGCAGUGGAAAUGGCUGGAACGGCAGCCAGUGACCAAAAACACUUUCCGGCAGUACCGUGUGCUGGGCAAGGGCGGUUUUGGGGAGGUUUGUGCCUGCCAAGUGCGUGCCACGGGGAAGAUGUAUGCCUGCAAGAAGCUGGAGAAGAAACGGAUCAAAAAGCGGAAAGGAGAGGCCAUGGCCCUGAAUGAGAAACAGAUCCUGGAAAAAGUGAACAGUAGGUUUGUAGUGAGCUUAGCCUAUGCAUAUGAAACUAAAGAUGCUCUCUGCCUAGUGCUGACCCUCAUGAAUGGAGGGGACCUCAAGUUCCAUAUCUACCACAUGGGAGAGGCUGGCUUCGAGGAGCCCCGGGCAGCUUUCUAUGCUGCUGAGAUCUGCUGUGGCCUCGAGGAUUUGCACCAGGAGAGGAUAGUGUACAGGGACCUGAAGCCAGAGAACAUACUGCUGGAUGACCACGGUCACAUCCGUAUUUCAGACCUGGGGCUAGCUGUGCAUGUGCCAGAGGGCCAAACAAUCAAGGGCCGGGUGGGGACAGUUGGCUACAUGGCUCCAGAGGUGGUGAAGAAUGAGCGCUACACAUUCAGCCCAGACUGGUGGGCUCUGGGCUGCCUGGUGUACGAGAUGAUCGAGGGACAGUCCCCCUUCCAGCAGCGCAAGAAGAAGAUCAAACGGGAGGAGGUGGAGCGGUUGGUGAAGGAAGUGCAGGAGGAGUACUCGGAGAAGUUCUCGCCCUGUGCCCGCUCCCUCUGCACCAUGCUCCUGUGCAAAGAUCCUCUGGAGCGCCUGGGCUGCCGAGGAGCUGGUGCCAAAGAAGUGAAGGAGCACCCUCUCUUCAAACACCUCAACUUCAAGAGGCUGGAAGCAGGCAUGCUGGACCCCCCCUUCAAGCCAGAUCCUCAGGCCAUCUACUGCAAGGAUGUUCUGGACAUUGAGCAGUUCUCCACGGUGAAAGGGGUGGAACUGGAGCCCACAGACAAUGACUUCUACCAGAAGUUUGCCACAGGAAGUGUGCCCAUUCCUUGGCAGAAUGAGAUGAUCGAGACGGAGUGUUUUAAGGAGCUAAAUGUCUUUAGUACAGAUGGGACAGUGCCUCCAGAUCUGGACUGGAAAGGGCAGCCUUCUCCACAGCCCAAAAAAGGGUUACUCCAGCGCUUAUUCAGCAGACAGGACUGUUGUGGGAACUGCAGCGACAGCGAGGAAGAGCCCACCCGGCUGUAG